UUUGUUAAUCCUGAUUUAGAGCGAACAAGCUGUUAGUAAUCUUUCAUAAGAUGGUUGGAGUUUGAAUUACGCUGCACCGCAAGUCUAAAAGUUCCACCAACACCUUGACUUAUAAGUGGCAAUUUGUGAAUAUACGGUAACAUGAGCAUUUCUUUUAUUUUAUCUCUUUUCUUUUUCCCACAAUUUCAAUCUCGUGUCAAAUGACAGUAUGUAGUGGCGAGCCGCACCAAGAGGAGAGAAUCUCUGGAAGCUCAUCUGGGUCUGCCCUUUUUCUCUCUACUCUUUCCUCUUUUUUUUAUUUUUUUUGAUGCCGUAUUUCGUCCAUUCCCUCUCACGGAAUUGCUUUUCCGCCUCUUGAGAAAGUUCUUUCUCCCAUACAGGGAGAUCAUGAAAACCAAAAAACAAAAAACAAAAACCAUAGAUGGGAUGCUGAGGUUUUUUCUGUCUUUCCAGAUACAAGAAAAGACUUGUAAAAAAGUGUCAUAAAACGUCUAGCCUUUUAAUUCUCUGUCCGCCAUUAAAAUGCCAUAAAUAAAGCCCUUCACCACGCUUCUACUCCCCCCACCCCAAGUAUCUGUCCUUUGUCGUUGGGAAUCAACUCUCAGUUUUGUGUUUGGUUGUCACUCCUCCUUUUCACUUCUCUGUUACCUGCUUCCAAGUUACGGGGUUCCCUUCGUGCUCACCAUCAAUGCUCCUUGACUUGUAAAGCUGGUUUUUUGUCGCCAUAUAGACACUCUAGCACAGGCUCCAGGGGAAGUCUGGUGUUCUGGUGAACUCACUGCAAAACUGGUUUCUUUGUGUUCCUGAUUCACCUUGCUCUGUUUCCGGAUUGGUGUUAAACCCACUAAAUCCCGUCAAGCUAAAGAGAAAGGAGAGCAGUAAAUAAAGAUGAUAACUCUUACAGACUUAUACCAUGUUCUUACGGCGGUUGUGCCCCUUUACGUGGCCAUGAUCUUAGCUUAUGGCUCAGUGAAAUGGUGGAAAAUCUUCAGCCCCGAUCAGUGCUCGGGCAUCAACCGCUUUGUGGCUCUGUUCGCCGUUCCAUUGCUCUCCUUCCACUUCAUCUCCACCAACAACCCAUACGCCAUGAACUUCAGGUUCAUAGCUGCUGAUACACUUCAGAAAGUUAUCGUCUUGGCGAUCUUAGCAAUAUGGUCAAGUGUCAGCGCGAGAGGAUCCUUCGAGUGGUCCAUUACCCUUUUCUCUCUCUCGACGCUUCCAAACACACUCGUCAUGGGCAUCCCAUUGCUGAAGGGAAUGUACGGAGAUUUCUCUGGCAGCCUAAUGGUUCAAAUCGUUGUUCUUCAAUGCAUCAUUUGGUACACCUUAAUGCUCUUCUUGUUCGAAUACAGAGGAGCCAGGCUUCUCAUCGUGGAGCAGUUCCCGGACACCGCUGGGUCGAUUAUUUCCUUCAAAGUAGACUCCGAUAUUCUUUCCUUGGACGGGAAAGAGCCGUUACAGACGGAAGCCGAGGUUGGCGAAGACGGGAAGCUGCAUGUUACAGUUAGAAAAUCCACGAGUUCACGCUCUGAAAUCUUCUCUCGCCGAUCUCAUGGCCCAAACUCUGGUGUUUCCUUGACUCCUCGUCCCUCAAACUUGACCAACGUUGAGAUUUUUUCUCUUCAAUCUUCGAGAAACCCAACGCCGAGGGGCUCGAGCUUCAAUCAUACGGACUUCUAUUCCAUGGUAAAUGGAAAGAACGGGAACAGCGUGAGCCCGAGGCAAUCCACUUUCGGAAACUUGGGUUAUGAUGAGGAAAGUGGGGUUGGUGCAUUCGGUGGUAACCCAUCUUGGGCAAAUGGAGGAUAUUCGCAGGGAAACGGGUAUCCGGCGCCACCAAAUACCGGAAUAUUCUCGCCGAUGGGCGGUGCGACGGGAGCAAGAAAGGUGAACGGAGCUGAUGGUGGAAAGGACCUUCACAUGUUCGUCUGGAGUUCAAGUACUUCACCGGUUUCCGAAGGUGGAAUUCAUGUUUUCAGAGGUGGGGACUGUGGCAACGAGCUUGGAGGGGUAGCUCACCAGAAAGAUCACGACGAAUUUGGCCGCGAUGAGUUUAGCUUCGGAAACAGAACCGUCACAAAUGGGUAUGACAAGGAGGGUCCUGUCCUGUCUAAACUUGGUUCAAGCUCCACGACAGAGCUCCAUCCAAAGACUUGUGCUCAAGGAGAACCUAAACCUUCAGCCAUGCCCCCUGCUAGCGUAAUGACCAGACUUAUUUUAAUAAUGGUGUGGCGAAAACUUAUCAGGAAUCCCAACACUUACUCCAGCCUUUUCGGUCUCGCGUGGUCUCUGAUUUCAUUCAAGUGGAAUGUCGCUAUGCCUGCUAUUGUUGCUGGUUCAAUCUCAAUUUUAUCUAAUGCUGGCCUUGGGAUGGCCAUGUUUAGCCUUGGGUUGUUCAUGGCAUUGCAGCCAAAGAUUAUUGCAUGUGGAAAUUCAGUGGCAGCAUUUUCUAUGGCUGUUCGUUUCCUCGCAGGUCCUGCGGUAAUGGCUGCUGCUUCAUUAGCAAUUGGACUAAAAGGAGUUCUUUUGCACAUUGCGAUUGUACAGGCUGCUCUUCCUCAGGGAAUUGUUCCAUUUGUGUUUGCUAAAGAAUACAAUGUUCAUCCUGACAUACUAAGCACUGGGGUUAUAUUCGGGAUGCUAAUUGCUCUUCCAAUUACGUUAGUUUACUACAUUUUGCUGGGACUUUGAAGCAUGUUGAGGUCACAAGAACAACUGUUACCGGAAGACUAAUUGCAGGAGACUAUUACACUGGAAAACCCUUUUGUCGUGGGGGUUUUUUUUUUUUUUUUUGGUUUUUUGGAGGGCAUCUAACAACGUAGAAUUUGGAAGUUAGUGGAAAUGAAAGUGUGGUUGGUUCUACUUCCCAGACCCAGUAGGAGGACGAGGGGAGGGAAACAAGGUGAGGGGAUGCUAAAAGCCAAAUUGGUUUGGUUUAGUUUAGUUUAGAGUGUUCGGCUAGAAAUCUGAUGUCUUUACCGUUUAGGGUGUUCGGCUUCUGAAAUCUUGUGAACCCCACUAUUUUUAAUGAAAAAGGAAGCGAAGCUUUUGUUUGUAGUUGUCGACACGUCUGUGAUUAAAACUCUGUAUCAUUGAGGCUGGCAGGCUAGAAAAAGACUAAUUGAAGGCAGUUGGGAAUCUCAAUGCAAAUGCAACAGCGCAACAAGAUAUCAGCAAAAAGUGGAUUUAUGCAGAAAAUGUGGGCAAGCAGACAGAAACUUUUAUGUGGCUUGUCUGCUCAGUGUCUUUGGUAGGAGUUCUAUUUCAUUUGAGGGCCACUAGCUGUCACUCUCGAUCUCGUACUUCAAUUUACUUUGCAAUAUAGUAAAAAUAAUUUUUAUGGUUGGGAACUCGGAACGGGGGAUGGGGCUAGAGGUGCAUGUGUGUGAUGAAUGCCAAAAAGAACGGAGAAGAGAACCAACAAAAAUAAAAAAAGAGAAUAGAAAGAAGCAAUAGAGAUUGGUUAUU